UUUAAAGUACAGUACGGUGUAGUAUUCAAACUGGCGGAUGAUCUGUUUACACUUGUUACUACUAAAAUGCAAGUUGUUUGAUGACAAGUAUAUGAGUCCGAUUUAAGCCAAUAUUAACAAAAUGAGUCUUUCAUUAAGAGCAGAGUUUGCUCUAGAUAAGAGCAAGAAGAAGAAAAAGAGGGAGUUGGCUGACGAGCAGAAACAAGAGAUUAGGGAAGCCUUUGACCUGUUUGAUACAGAUAAAGACAGGGCCAUUGAUUACCAUGAACUUAAGGUAGCAAUGCGAGCGUUGGGUUUUGAUGUGAAGAAGACAGAUGUUCUUAAGGUGCUCAGAGAUUAUGACAGGGAAGGCACUGGCAAAAUCACUUUUGAGGACUUCAAUGAAGUCAUGACAGAUAUGAUGCUUGAGCGAGAUCCGCAAGAAGAAAUCCUCAAGGCAUUUAAAUUGUUCGAUGACGACAGCUCAGGGAAAAUCAACCUUAGAAAUCUUAGACGAGUUGCAAGGGAGCUUGGUGAAAACAUGACAGAUGAGGAGUUACGGGCCAUGAUUGACGAGUUUGACCGCGAUGGUGACGGGGAAAUCAAUGAAAAUGAAUUCCUGGCAAUUAUGACUGGCGAUACGUAACAGAUGACACAGUUUGCUAUCAUCUCAACUUGGGACCAGUACUUUUAGCAUUUAUUAGCUAGCUAGAAAUAUCAUUCUGUCUCAUAAUUAGUAGUACCGGUAUGUUCAAUAGUAUUUGAAACAUCAUUCUGAUACACUUUGCCAGCUGAAACAUAUUACAUGUACUGUAAGAUCCUUUGCACUGAGCAUACCUCAUUUUGGCUGACCUUUGAAAAUCAUGUCCUUGAGUUGUAUUUACUCCACUCAUAAAAGUAGGAAUGGAAUAUGACAUAGAUAUGAUUAUUACAAUGUGUCAUUGUAUGAAAUGAUAAUAUUUGUUGGUUUUUGAAAACAAUUGUCAAGAUAAACAUUUUUUUUAUUUAUUCUUUUUUAGUGCCAAUGAAACUAUUUAUUUGAAUUGUUUAUUUCAUUUAAUGACAAUGACUCACUACAGUUGUGACUGUUGCAAUUUAAAAUUAUUGGAAAAUAAGAUAUGAAGUAAUUGUUUACAUACAUUCAUGAUGUUCAAGUUUGUGUCAAUGUUUUAUAAGUAAGUCAAUAUUUGGUUUCUCGGGAGAUCUGGAUGGAUGAACAUUUAUAUUGUUCUGGCCACUGUCUGUUGUUGUUAUAUAUUUAUAUUAAAUUAUUACCCAGCACAGUUUGUAUAUAAAAUAUGUGCAUGACAAUAUUUUUAAUGCAUUUCAAAAGAAUAGCAUCGCUUAAUCAUUGAAAAGUUUGAAAACAUGAUUUCACCCAUUUUAACAUUGUAUUACAUUCUGAGAUUUCCAGAUUUUUUCCAGAUAGCAUUUUUGUACUUCCCUUACCAUGCACCUACCCUGUGUUUAUAUUUAAGCCAAUGAAACCCAACUGUAAAACACCUAAACAUGUACUUUACUCAAAAAGCAAAAGACAGUGGAGGCCAAUUUUAUAGAACAUUUCUUGGCCAUUGACAAUGUAGUAUGAUUUAAAGUUACCAAACAACCAAACAUUUAUUUCAUUUAUACCCAAAUAAUAUACUGUUAUACAAUUGUAUGACUGGCCUUAGCAUUUAGAUUUGCUUAAUAUUAAAUUGUGUUAAACAGUUUAUAAAAAAACAUUCAGCAGAUGAAAGCAGCUGUGGAUGGUCUGUCCAGCUCGAAACACCCUUAGAUAAUUUUUUGCAUGGUACAUCACUUGUGGGACUGUUCAUUAUAUAUGUUGACCACAUUUUCUUUUGAUGUUAUCAUGCAAUCGUCUCCUUUGGGGCAUUUGAUCUUAACCUAAGGAGCAAAAUCGUAGCAUUCUCAUUGGCCAAUUAAUCGUAUGGUCCAAUCAAAUUAGCCGGAUUUCAUGUUUAUCUAUAAGUUCAAUCUAAGAUAUUUGUUGAGUAUCAAGUUGAAAAAUUAGUUCACAUUGUUCAUCUUUAUAUUGUUUUUUUUCACACACAGAGCAUAAGUUCUAUAUUUUCUUACAAGGUCGUUCCAUGUUUCUCGUGUUUCAUAUACUAGUACUACACGUAUAAUGUAUGUAUGUAAUAAAUGUAAUCUUUCUUGUAUGUGACAAUGAGCUGAAUGUGUAGGUUGAUUGUUAAGGUUUGCUAUGUUUUACAGAUUUGUAAUAAAAUGUUAAGAACAAAUCAAGGUUCUUAUUUGUACACAGACAGGUCUAGAAGGUUUUGCAAUGGCCUACACAGCGUCGGAGACAUUCAGUCAUUUUUUAUGUGAAAUAAUUUGGCACAUAUGUCAUUUGAGAAAAUGUGCAUUGGAGAGAACUCUGCGAGUGGGAGUCGUCGAAACAUGCAAACAAUUAAGAAUUAAAAGGAGCUAUCAUGCACGAUUCUUGCACCUAUUGUUGCCAUAGAAACAAUUAAAUUGCA